AUGCGCUUUUCACUUGUUUUGAUUUCUCUCCUAGCGUGUGCGUACGCUCAGCAAGGCGAUGGAGAGGGGAAUGAAGGGGGCGGAGACAGCGGUGGAGAAAGCAGCAGUGAUAUUGAUAGUGGUAGCAGCACCGACACUCUCAGCAGCACCACUCUCAUCGAUAAACCAUCAACGACAUACACUGCAACUGCCACAUCGAUAGCAGUCACCAGCGCAUCCUCAUCUAUACCCACUCAAACCUAUGUCCCACUUCCCCAACCAGACAAAAACAUAGACGAAAACCCUGACGAAAGCCCCGAAGAGCUGCCUGAAAUGCCGCUGACGAUCAAGAUUACACCCGCAUUCGGCGUCCUCGGCGCGAUACUAAUUAUCUCUGCCAUUCCCCUGGCUGUUCUAGGCAGCACCUCACGCUGGACAGGUGUCUGUAUCCCUGUCUCGUACGGCUCGAUGAUCGCCCUCAUGUGCAUCCUCCUAUCGACCGUGGUAAUGCCCAAACUGCAUUCGAACAAUCCCGAAAGGGCAACUGAGGCGUUGGAGGGGGAGAUACUGGUAGGGUGUGCCAUACUGGGUAUCAUAACCGCCGUUGCCAGCUGGUGGUUCCAGCGAUAUGUCGCGUAUGCUGUCUGUGGUUUCGGCGGUAUAGCGUUAGCGUGGUGGAUACAAUGCAUGCGUGACGGUGGCACCAUACACUCAAUGGCGGGCAAAUGGAUCUUCUACAUCGGGUUAGGGACUGUCGCCGUAGUUGCGUCGUUCCAUCCGCGCAUCAUGAAGCACUUGCUCCGCUUCUCCACCUCGUUGAUCGGCUCGUCGGCAUUUAUACUGGGUAUCGACUGCUUCGUGAAGAGCGGACUGAAGGAGUUCUACGUGUACAACCUGGGGUACAACACGCUCUAUCCGCCAAUAAAGAAAGGAGAGAAUUUCCCGCUAACCCAGACGGAAAUCAUUCUCCUCGCCGUCGCUGCUGCCAUUACCCUCCUCACACUCGCUCUGCAGUACCGCCUCGCUAUCCUCGCAGGCCGCAAGGCCAAGAUGGGGCGCGAUGAGGAGGCUGCGCGCGAGAUGGGGCUCGAUCCUCACGACGCAGACGUCGACUCACUCGAGAUGAAGAGAAACAGAAGGAGAGAAGACGCUUUGGAUGCCUGGGAGAGUCAGAAUGGGAGCGGUGAUGGGGCUCGUAGGGGCGCUAUUGCCGCAGCGAAGCAGGCUGUCAGCGGUGUUUUCAACAAGGCGUCUACACCAGUCAACCUCACCUUGAACGCUAGUAACGAUCAAGAUUGGAAAGAGAAGGGCGCGCCAGGUGCCAACGGCUACAGGUACAGUAGCAGUAUGGAGAAAGGAAGCUACGCGGGUAGCAACAGUGUCAGUCCGCAGCCCAACGGAGAGCGAGAGAGAGGGGAGCGGGAGCGGGAGCGGGAGCAUGAGCAUGACGAGCGUCUCUCUCCACCCCCACCUGCAGUCCCACCCGCUCCUACAUCUCCACCGCCGCUUCUCCCCCCGCUGUCGGCGUUCGGAGAAAGCGCCGGUAAACCCACCGAAGGUGGCAGGGAUGAAGAGGACAAGACGGAGAAAAGCACACCUCCACCCGACCUCCCUCCACCCCUCGAACAGAGCGGACCGCUCCCGUCACUCGAUGUGGGAUUCGGAUCGGAGAUGCGCACAGAACUCGGUCUGCCGGAGCCCGAUCCCGCUGAAGUGAAGGCGGAGGCGAAGGCGGCAGCCGAGCCAGUUCUCCCACCUCGCCCGAGCAACAACAUCAGCAACAGUAACAAUCACAGCACCAAGAGACCUCGAGCACCAUCCGCACCAGCACUCAAGACAUUCCAGUCGAUGGAUAAAACGGAGGCGGAUCUUAAAGACAAGGAGGCACUGCUGAGCGAUAUCGCCAACAUUCGCAGAUCGAUUGAUCAGCUGCGCAGCAGAAGCAUCGACGAGCUGCGCGAGGGAGACCGAGCUGGAGACGCUGGAGAUGCUGGGAAAAGAUCUUUGUCUGAGUUGCCCAUGCGGAGGAAUAGCAAAAGAGCUAAGAGUCAGAGCACACAGUCGUUUGUGAAGCGACCACCUGCUGAUGAAGACGACGAACGCGAUGAAAGAAAUGAAGGAAUUGUCAAACAGACUGAAUGGGAGCAGUACGUGCGCUCGAGACAGGUAUUUGCACCACCAGCGGGUGUCAGCAGGCCUAUCAAUCAAGAAGCGAAGGAUGUUGGUGUGGAAGUGAGUCCGGCGGUGGCUGCAGCUGUUGAGAAGAGGAAGCAUAGUCGAGAUUUCAAUGGUGGAGAUCGAUACAACUACAACCAAAACCAUCGCUACAGUCCGGUUGCCUCAUUUUCACCGGAGGAAUGGGAGAACGUGUCGCCAAAGCAAGUCUUUGACGAUGAUUUACAGACACCAGCACGCUCUUGGACUCAUUCGCAGACGCCCGAAAUGUCUCAUUCACGCUCACAUUCACACUCAAACCCAAAUUCAGCACCGGGAUCGCGGAAAAAUAGCAUACCGUUCAGCUACGAAAUAGGCAGAGCGACGCCGACAAUGGCAGCGCGUCGUCCGUCGGCUUCUCCAUCUGCUAGUCAGGCCUACCCGAAUGAAAACGUUCUUGGAAACAUGUCGCACACGCGCACAUCGCCUUUCAACGGCUUGUCUAAAUUCGACAGCAGCGAUUAUGGAGGUUACAACAACCGGAACCGGAGCAGGAGCAUGACGGUGGAGGAGUUACAGGCUAGACAUAGAGCACACCUGUCGCGGUUGCAGUCUCCGAUCAACGAGAAGUUCCAACAUGAUAUGAGGGGCGGAGGAAACGGUUAG